AUGAGCGGAGGCGCCGGGGGCUCGGAGCGGCCUGAGGAGCGGCAGCGGUUCCCCCCGCCCGGCAAGUCCCUCCCCAUCUCGGCUCUGAGACAAAACGGUCUCCUGCAGGCUCUCGUGCGGGGAGCGGGGCAGCCCGUGGGCGCUGAGAUCAGCGAGGACCUGCGGCGAGCCCAGGAGGAAUGGGAGGCUGUGGAAGAGAUCCAGUCAGGGCUGGGGGGGACAUCGGCUGGUGCUGCGCCUCCGAUCUCCUUCAACGAAGCGCUGCAGUACUUCCAGACAGCCGACCUCUCCGAGUGCAGGAAGAAGGUCCGGGCAACGGUGCACAGGCAAGGCCUGGCUGCUCUGGUUCACUUCCUCUUCGGCCCUCCCCGGCUCCAACCGCAGCUGCAGGGAGAGCGGGAGCUGGCUCUGGCCAUGGCGCAGUGUUGUUUGGAUGAUAACGAGAGAGUGCACAUGAGAAUCCUGCAGACCAUUUACAAGAAGCUAACCCGCUCCAGGUUGGGCUGCCCGCGCUACGGGGCGCACUGGGAAGAGCUCGGCUUUCAAGGUGCGGAUCCCGGCACGGAUCUGCGAGGGACGGGGAUGCUGGGCUUGAUGCAGAUGCUGUACUUCGUCAUGGACUCCCAGACGCUGCCUCUGGCUCAAGAGAUUUUCAAGCUGUCCCAGCACAAAACCCAGAAUUUCCCCUUCUGCAUCAUGUCCGUGAACAUCACCCGCAUCGUCAUCCAGGCCCUGAGGGAGGAACGUCUCUCCAGGGAGUGCAACCGCAGGCAGCAAGUCAUCGCCGUGCUGAACGACCUGUACGCGGCGGCCUUUCUGCAGCUCUACCGCCUCUGGAAAUGGCAGCACAAGACCGUGGCCGACGCCGGCUUCCUCCUGAAGGAGCUGGAGUUAUCCACCAAAAAGAAGCCGAAGCAGCUCCUGAAAUCCUUGGAGGCCUACGUGAACCGAAGCCCGGCGGCAGACGGCCUUCAGCAGCUGUCCCUUCCCUCCACCUCCAUCGGCGGCAACCGGGCCGGCGAGGAGAUCAACUUCACGGGCGUUUGCGACCUGCAGGUUGAGCUGGAAGGAGAAGCCCGACUGAUCUGAAACGCGGGGAGACGCGCCGCAGGGAGCUCUCGGAGGAUGCCUGGCCGCCGUCGCCUCCCGUUAGCGGGGCUCGGGACGGGCCGUGCGGGUCGAGGUGGUAAACGCAGAGUGAUGGGAGGCGGCCGCUGCCCUGAGAAGGGUUUGGGUCCGAGCUGAGGGCGGGCGAGAGCCUGGGGUGCCACAGAGGGUAGAUUAUUUUUUUGCCCUAAACCCCCAGAAAGGGUGGCCCCGUCCUUCCCCCUCUCGCCCCGCAAGCAUCCCGGCUGCGGUGUCGGCAUCGCUCGGCGCUGCGGGAGCGAGCCUCAGGAUUUGACCCUCUCCAGGCGGAAUUCUCCUGGAACAAAGGAGGAAAAUGUGGCAGAGCGGGUGGAUUUUUAUGAGCCACCAACCUCAGGCUGGGAUAGUCUGUCCAUCUGUCCCAAAUCCGUGCUCCCCUCUGUCUUUACCCCCAGCAGGAAAGUUUAGCGAUGCUCCAGGCGGAGCUGGAGCGUGCCCAUAGGGCUCCUGACUCCAAUCGCGGCUCCGGCAGCACCUGGGAGGGUUUAAAACCCCCCGGCUUCGGGCUGCGGCACCUUCAUUUCGCGUUGAGGGUGGGGUGAGAGCACGAGCACAGCCCCGUUGGUGGGGCGGUGGGGGCCGCUCGUCCCCCAAGGUUUGGGGAGCCCCCCCCCCAACUCCCCCGGGGCGUUACUGUGCGUGUCAGCACCUAAAGAAGUUAAUAAAAGGAGGAG